AUGGUUAUUGGCACGGUGUUGAAAUGUGUCGUGGCAUUGUAUUUGUUGUCAUCGUAUAAGUCGCUGCCCGGAGUUUACUUCAUUAGAUUCUAUUCGACGGUGUUCCCAAACAUUGUUUUGCCAUACUUGACUGGGUUUAAAACUAAGAACUUAAAGAAAUUGGCUGGAAGCAAGUAUGGAUGUUUUGGUGCAGUUACUAUGUCGACCUAUGCCUCGCCAUUUGAAUGUGAUUUUUAUUUCCACAAGAGUAACAGUACUUAUUUUGAAGAAUUGGAUAUCUCAAGAAGUGAAUUGAUGACUAAAAUAUUCCAAAAGCUUUUCUUUAUAUCCAAGCGGUGGCCUUACAUUCCAGUGGCAAACGUCUUUACUAACUUUUUGAAAGAGAUCAAGCCUUUUGAAAAAUAUGAAGUUAUUUCACAGAUUUUAUGUUGGGAUGAGAAAUGGAUUUAUGUCAUGAGCAGAUUUACUAAAAAGGAGCGCACCGUUCUAUGCUCGUUGUCUCUGACGAAAUAUGUUUUGAAGGAUGGCAGAAAGACAAUUUCUCCAAAGGAUGCCCUCGACAUAUGCGGUUUGUACAAUGACGAAGUUGCCAGUAUAUCUGCCAAAAACCUAGAGUUGCUCACUGAGCAAUCGGGCUUCCACGAGACUAAACCACUCGAGGGCUUGAAACAUGAAUACUUGGCGAUCUAA